UGUGAAGUCGACGUUCUUCCAGUUCGGUGCCUCCAUCCAGCAGGAGGCUCUGCUGAUGCUGAACAUAAUGGAGGAGUACGAUUGGCACAUCUUCUCCAUCGUCACGUCAAAGUUCCCCGGCUACCAGGAGUUCAUCAACAUCCUGAAAACGACCGUGGACAACAGUUUUGUGGGGUGGGACCUGCAGAAUAUCAUCACCUUGGACGCGGUGGAGGAAGACAGUCGGUCUCAGAUCAUGCUCAAGAAGGUCCAGUCUCCAGUGGUCCUGCUCUACUGCUCCAAGGACGAGGCGGUCUACAUCCUGGACGAGGCCCGCUCCCUAGGCCUCACCGGAUUUGGAUACAUCUGGAUUGUGCCGUCUCUCACCACCGGGAACCCAGAGAUAACGCCCGAAGACUUCCCGUCGGGAAUGAUAUCGGUGUCGUACGACGACUGGGACUACCCGCUGGAGGCGCGGGUUCGUGACGGUUUGGGGAUCAUAACGUCGGCAGCAGCAGCCAUGUUGGAGGAGUACGGCGACAUCCCUGAAGCCAAAACAUCCUGUUAUGGCCAAAUGGAAAAGACGUCCAAGCUGCCGCCCAGCGCUCUACACAAGUACAUGAUGAAUGUGACAUGGGACGGCAGAGACUUGUCGUUUACAGAAGAUGGCUACCAAGAAUUCCCAAAGCUGGUGGUGAUUGUUCUCAACAAGGAAAGGGAGUGGGAGAAGAUGGGAAAGCUGGACAACCGCAGCCUGACUCUGAAGUACCCGGUGUGGCCGCGCUUCAACUCCUUCGGUGACGCCGAGCUCGACGACAACCACUUGUCCAUCGUCACUUUGGAGGAGAAGCCUUUCGUUAUUGUGGAGGACGUAGAGAGGCUCACUGGUACCUGCAUGAGGAACUCUGUCCCCUGCAGGAAGCAUAUCAAAGACAACACAACGGAGGCUGGUGGGACAUACAUCAAGAAGUGCUGCAAAGGCUUCUGCAUCGACAUUCUGAAGAAAAUUGCCAAGUAUGUCAAGUUCACCUAUGACCUGUACCUGGUAACCAAUGGCAAGCAUGGAAAGAAGAUAAACAAUGUCUGGAAUGGGAUGGUGGGAGAGGUGGUCUAUAAGAAAGCCGUCAUGGCCGUCGGAUCUCUGACGAUCAAUGAGGAGCGUUCUGAGGUCAUCGAUUUCUCCGUCCCGUUCGUGGAAACCGGGAUCAGCGUCAUGGUCUCCCGUAGCAACGGAACGGUCUCCCCGUCAGCCUUCCUCGAGCCAUUCAGUGCAUCAGUGUGGGUGAUGAUGUUUGUGAUGCUCCUACUGGUGACUGCAAUGGCUGUCUUCAUGUUUGAGUACAUCAGUCCUCUGGGCUUCAACAGAAACUUGGCGCAGGGGAAAGACCCCCAUGGCCCGUCUUUCACCAUGGGCAAGGCCGUGUGGCUGCUGUGGGGUCUGGUCUUCAACAACUCCGUGCCAGUGCAAAACCCGAAAGGAACCACCAGCAAGUUCAUCGUGUCUGUGUGGGCCUUCUUCGCUGUCAUCUUCCUGGCCUCCUACACUGCCAACCUGGCCGCCUUCAUGAUCCAGGAGGAGUUUGUCGACCAAGUCACCGGGCUCUCCGACAAUAAGUUUCAGAACCCGUAUGCAUACUCACCUCCGUUCCGCUUUGGGACGGUUCCAAACGGUUCCACAGAGAGGAACAUCAGGAAGAACUACCCUGCCAUGCACCAGUACAUGGUGAAAUAUCAUCAAACUGGCGUUGUGGAUGCACUUGUUAGUCUCAAAACAGGUAAACUGGAUGCCUUCAUCUACGAUGCUGCAGUGUUGAACUACAUGGCGGGCAGAGAUGAAGGGUGUAAGCUGGUGACCAUUGGCAGCGGGUACAUCUUUGCUACUACCGGUUACGGCAUUGCUCUACAGAAAGGCUCCUACUGGAAACGACAGGUGGACCUGGCUAUCCUGGCCAUUAUCGGAGAUGGGGAAAUGGAGGAACUAGAAGCCCAGUGGCUGACGGGUAUUUGCCACAACGAGAAGAACGAGGUGAUGUCCAGUCAGCUGGAUGUGGACAACAUGGCUGGGGUCUUCUACAUGCUGGCCACGGCCAUGGGGCUCUCACUCAUCACCUUUGUCUCUGAGCAUCUCUUCUACUGGAGGCUCAGAUACUGCUUCACCGGGGUCUGCUCCGGAACGCCGGGUCUUCUUUUCUCCAUCAGUAGGGGAAUCUGGAGUUGUAUCCAUGGAGUCCACAUUGACAUGAAGAAAAAGACGGAUCUGGACUUUAGCCCUCAGGACAAAAUGCUUAAGCUCAUAAAGUCAGCCAAACAGAUGACCAACAUGUCUAACCUGGGUGGCUCUCGCAUGAACUCACCCAAACGAGAGUUCAUGCACUCAGCUGGCCCAAUGAUCAUGGACAUGAUGGCAGAGAAGGGCAACUUCAUCUACGCUGACAACCGAAGCUAUGCUCCCAAGGAUAUGAUCUAUGGGGACACUGGCGACCUGCAGGCUUAUCUUGCAAACCGCCACAAAGACCACCUUAACAACUACAUCUUCCAGGGGGGCCAGCAUCCUCUGACCCUAAACGAUGCCAAUCCCAACACAGUAGAGGUGGCAGUUAGUGCUGAUGCAGUCCAGACUAAUGCCAAGCCGCCACGGACCCUGUGGAAGAAGUCAGUGGACACACUACGUUCUGUACCACCUGGCCCCCCUCCAAUGCCCGACAUGCUGAUGCCAGAUCCACGCAUGUCGAUGAAGACACAGCGCUAUCUCCCUGAGGACACAGCCCACUCUGACAUCUCUGACUGCUCCAGUCGGGCAGCCUCCUACAAGGACCCAGAAAACAACAAGCACCUGAAACCCAAGGACAACUUAAAAAAAAGAUCUGUGACAUCAAAAUACCCAAGGGAUUGCAGUGAGGUGGAGCUGUCCUACUUAAAGACUAAGCAGGUCAGCGGCAGUACCAACCAAACUGGGAGAGGGGGAGGAGGAGAGAAAAUCUACACUAUCGACUCAGACCGAGAGAUGAGCCUGCAUUCAGACCCUAUUCACUAUCGCGAGAGUCGUGGCCUUGCUGCAGAUGAUUUGGAAUACCCCGAGAUCUACUCCGACCAGAGUGACAACUAUAGGAAGUGUGAGCAGCCCAUCAUUCAUCUGAACUCCUCACCUUUGCAUCAUACAGACUCCGAUCUUCUACCAGACCCAGCUUACUCUAAACACUACAACCUGAAAGAGAAAAACCUGUCUCCACAUGAAUCCAUUGAUCGGUACAAACAGACACACUGCCGUUCCUGUUUGUCCAAAGUGACCGCUAGCUACCCACCUACUGGGUCAUACCCACCUACUGGAUCUGCUGCAGCUUCUGCCACACGCUCACCCUACAAUCGGUGCGAAGCAUGCCUCCACAUGGCCAACCUGUAUGACAUUAGUGAAGACCAGCUCCUCACAGACCCCUUGGUCAGCCCGACCAUGCACCACCAACAGCAGCAGCAACCAGACGAGAUGUUUGGUCUGUAUUGGCCACAGACAGAUGGGCCGCAUGUCCAAAAGAGAAAUCGCUUGAGGCUGAGUCGUCAGCACUCCUUUGACAACAUCAUGCUAGAAAAACCCAAGGAUGUAGACCUGAGCCGACCGGCGCGCAGUGUCAGCCUCAAAGAGAAGGAUCGCUUCCUAGACUCCACAUCUGACUCGCACUAUGCGAACCUCUUUGGAAUGCGUCCCUAUUCCGGCAGACUGUUUGGCACUGGGUCCAAAUCUAUGUUUAACCACAACCUGGAGGAAAGCAAGAGGAGCAAAUCCCUGUACCCGGCCCAUGGCUCGGAAAACCCAUUCCUCAGCCACUCGCUGAGGGAUGACACCAGCAGCAGACUGGUCCAUGGGCGUAGUUCCUCUGAUAUUUACAAACAGCUGGCAGUAGCUUCGCCUGCAACGGUCCUUGGAGCCCCACCCAUCAAAACACGUAACGAUGCGAACAAUCUCCGCUCUUCCGUUAAAUCCACCACUUCAUACUGCUCACGGGACGGGCGGAUAACUAACGACAUGUACAAUAAAGAGCAUGUGAUGCCUUACUCAGCCAAUAAGACUAGUGCAUACCCGGCCCCACGUGGUGUCCUAAACUCAGCCCAGUUCAGCAAUAGACGGGUGUAUAAAAAAAUCCCCAGUUUGGAGUCAGAUGUUUAGUUGAUAGAAGAAAUAAUGUGCUCUCUCCUCCUUACUCCUCUCUGGGUUUGUAUUAAAAUUUAUCAACUAUGUUAUCCACUAAGGGAUGCCAUAGCCACACUACAUUUUUCUUCUUCUCUUUGACAUUGUAACCCAAAAGAACUUGUGCCCACUUUGGUAUGACAGUGCUACUACUACUCUCUUUGCAGAUGAUAUCACCAUUCAUAUCCACUCUCUGCCAUGUACCAAUGAGUUUGAUGCAUGGCCGUCACUCUGCCAUAAGUUAUCUGGGAGUAAAUGGAAGGGGAAUGAUUAACCUCUUCAGUUUGCAAGGGGGUAGGAAAUGGCAUAGUCCCAUUUGUGGGAGGCCUAAGGAACAGAGCUGUUGGGGAAGAGGCAGUUGAUCUGUGAGUGAAAUUAGUGAGGAAGUAGAGAGGAGGAUGGGGGAAAUUAUAUGAGAAGAAAAUUAGAUGGAGAGAGAGAGAGAAGAAAACUCUCCUUCAAUUGCUCCUAAUUUCCCCCUUUUUCCUUUCCACCUCCACUAUCAAGCUUAGGGCUCACUAGGUGAGGAGAAGAGGCCUGACAGGGGCACCAGAUGGGCAUGUUUGCUGUUGCAGCCAGACAUGUAGAUGUCCCAGGAGGGCAGGGACGUCACAGUGAGCUGGUCCAACGGUCUGCUGCUUGUUAGGCUGACAAAUAUGGCCACUGAGACACCUGGCAGUGCAAUGGGAGAGAGAGGAGAAAGCAGAUGAGACGCUAAAUGGCAGUGAGUGGAGCAUCCAGUCAUUUUUGGCGGUAUCGUGUGCUUGUUCAGAAUUUGUUAAGCCCAGGUUUUGCCCGUGGUAGUAAUGGAAAACUGAGAGUAAUGCAGGUGCUAUCGAAGAAUAAUGUUUACAGACUGACAGAUAAAAAAGACAAAAUGACGCGAGACAAGCAGGGACACCUGAGGCAAUUAAUGGGCAUUUCAUUUGUGGCACUGCACAUAGAAAAAUAAUUGCAACGUAUUGCUCUUUUAUUAUAUUAAACUAUAAGAUUUAUUAGGGAUUCUGGCAUCCGGAUCCCCUUAUGUAAGAUUUUAGUGUUUGCUUAUUUGGUAGCACAAUAGCCAUUAGUUUUAAAUCCUCUCUUCCACCUUUGCUUUUAAAAAAAAAGCAUAGCUUUUUGAAAAAUACCAUCAAGUGUAGUAGAUUAUUUUGCAUGGGUUGAUUUUUUUUGUGUCAGAGGUGAGAAAAUACACACAUGUACACUCUCAGACACAUAUUUUACAUGUUUUUGAAAAGGGACUGUCUUGCUAGAUAUGGUGGAUGGAUACUUGUACAAUCGAAACCUUGAUCCUUGACCUUUGUGCUUAGUAAAACAGUGUCAUGCUGCUCCUGCUUCAAAAAGAGCAAGAGAAUGGUGGAAGGAAAGAGAGCAAAGAGGAUAUAACAAGGGAGAAAAGGAUAAAAUAACAACUGGGUCCACCACAACCUCAUCUAAGUUGGGGAGGGGAUAGGCACUAAGGUGUUUUUGACCUCCCUGCCACUGAGAAACAGGGUAUUGACUGUAAAAAAAAAACCACACACUGACAUUACCUUCCUACUUUUAUCCUUCCUCCUUCCCUUUCUCAAUCAACAUGACACAGUGUUAAAGUGUUGGAUUAUUAUAGAACCACUUCACUUCAUUUCUUUGGGUUUUUGUGAAGUUGAGCUGGUUUGUCGGUUGGUACAGCAGUAGCAGUGCUAUACAGUAUCGUAUAGUAACGACUACAGACUAAACAGGGGUUGUGAUUUAAAAUGAUCAAUUACUGUUGAUCCACAUCCAACCAGGCUCUUGAUGAUCUAAAGACCAGUUGAGAUGGAUCCCUUGUUUACUUUCAUGGUGUUGUUUGGGUGGGUUGGGGUGGGUGGGAAAAGAUGGAGAAGGAUGGAGCUAUGAAGUCUCCACUGUUAUGUACUCAUCAAUUAUGUAUCCAUCUUAGUGUGGAGUAAGUUGUGUGUGUGCAUGGCAGAACUUGGGUAAGCUUGAAGAAAACCAUUUGGUUCCUAAUCUGAUUGUUUAUGCAUUUGUUUGUUUGAUUGUUUGUUUAGUUUUUUUUGAUAACACUUGGCAGAAAAGACUUGCACAUGCACAUACUUGCACGCACACGCGUGCCCAAAAACAUUUUUUUGUAGUAUUAUUCUGUACAAAUUGUACAGUCAAAAGAAAAAAACAUGUAAUCGUAUUGACAUACUGAUUUGCUUGAUUGAUUGGAUUCACAAAGCCAAAUUGUAUCAAAUAAAAUACCUCAGGAUGAUUCUGUGCGUUUUGAGGGGAGCUUCUACCGUAGCGACAGAACAUGAUGCGGCGCAGAGUUUUUGUAGAAAAAAUAUUAAAAGGAAAAAAAAAAGAAAAAGAAAAACACACAGGAUCAAUUUUUUGUCCUUUUGGUGUUAACCAGUCCAAGGUCUUCCAGUUCGGCUCUCUGUCCGAACUCAUCCAACCCAAGUAAAGAGAGAAGAAGAGGUAAGAGAAGGAGGGGAAGGAGGGAUUGCGGUAGGGAGGUUAAAUCGUCUUGCUCAGUGAAAAAAAAUGAAUGAGCACCCUUAACAGAAUGGAGGAUGUUACUUUAACAUCCAAAAUCUGAAAUGCUACCCUUAUAUGGAAAAGUCAACAGGAAUCUCUCUCUUCCCUCUCCAUGUUUUAUAAAGGCAGUCAACUGCAUUAGCCACUGUGUUUCAAUUGAAGCUCCAUCUUUAACAACCAAGGUCAUAUCGCCCUUUUGUACUCUUGGAAUACUGCAGUGAACCUCUCCUCGCUUCCCAAUCAGCUUACCCAAUGUUGACUGAAGAGCUACAUCUGUCCUUUUUUUGCAUCUAUUCUGCAUAUUUAUUAUUAUUAUCAUAUUUAUCUCCACAUGCUGCUUGUGUGAGCUGACAAGUGAACAAUAUGCACAUGUAAAAAUAUCAAACGGCACCCUUGCAUUUUAUGAACUCAUGGCGAUUUGUUCUAUUCGUUCUACUUUUACAGAACUGUCAUGUAAACUGAUGCUGUUUUAUGUUCAAACACACACACGCACACACACACACACACACACACACACACCCUUGUGAUGACAACCCUGCUCUUUUUAAUGGCAAAAAUGUAUUUUAAUUACAUUUAAUGAUAAAUAAUGAGGUGAUGGCAUGCAACCCCAGAUGUAACAAUUUUAAUGUUUUAUGUUUCUUUUUUUUGUUUGUUCUUUUUGUUAUGAUGUUAUGAUCACUAAUGCGUUGUAACCAGGUGUGAGUAUAUACAUAUUUGAGAGAAAAAAAAAUUAUGUUUAACACGAUGAAGAUGUUGCUGCUGUUUUGGGGGAGAAGGCGAGGACUUGACCCUAGUGCAACUUCCUCAUUGGCGGACGGGCCGUUAUCAGGCCGCGUCGAGUCCAAUGGGGGAGCGGGUCAGGGGUCAGGGUUGGCUUGGUAUGGCGGGACAUCCUUGCUCUUCCUCCAAUGGCAGGUGAGAAUUACUGUAUCACCAGCUCUGCUUCUCUCUUCCCUCUCCUUCAUGUGUAGUCAGGACUUCAACUGUAAAGAAGAUAAAAAGAAAAAAAGCAACCCUCUACUUUGAGUCUGCUAUCCCUCCAAAGAUACGAGACCUCUCUUUCUUUAUUGUUUGCUGUAAGAAUAGAGCUUUUUUUUUUAAAACGAAUACUUCCUCAAAGACUUUUAAGGAACUAUUUUGAAUAUAUUUAGAAAUGACACCUGUAUACAUCGCUUGUAAAUUCAUA